AAAAAAAGAAAAAAAAAAAUGAUAAAAACACAUAAAAAAAUAAUUCCAAUAAUUCUAUUAAUCCUUAUAUAAACAAUAAAAGCCGAUUUACCAAUCCAUUGUUUAAAAAAUUAGGUAACAGGAUACUGGAUCCUCUAACGAGGAAAAAUUGAAGCCACAAAUAAUGAGCGAAAAAUGGUUUCAUGUGGUCAUUAAUCUCCUGAUAAUGAAAAUACAAGCUAUAAAGCUUUAAACGGAAAAUUAGAUGUAGUUGAAAAUGAAGAAAUAAUAAAAAUAAAUCCCGAUUUUACAGUUUCUGGUGAUAAAGGAACAGGUAAAUGGACAUUAAUAUAUGACGAAGGUUGGGAAAUAGAUUAUAAUAAUACUAAAUAUACCCAUUUUUUCAAAUAUUAUAAUUAAAAUGGUAAUUAUAAAACCGAUUGUGAUAACACACUUGUUGGUUGGUUUAAUUCUUAUUCAGUUUCUUAAAGAGGAUGUUCUAUUGCUAAAAAAAAAGACUAAAUGUAAAAUAAUAAUAACGUAAAUGAAACUGCUCCUAAAAAUCUUAGUAUAGUAUAACCCAAAAACAUUGAAAAAAAGCCUUCAACAGGUAUUUUUGAUGAUAAUGAUGGACUUUUUGGUUAAAAAAAUACUAAAAAAAACUCCAUUUAUAAUAAUGAUCUUUUUGAUGAAAAUAAAAGCUUUUAUAAUGAUAAUAAAGAUGAUCCUUUAUUUAAAAAAAAAGAUGAUUUAUUUAAAAAAAACGACGAAAUAUUAAAUAAACACAAUGACUAUUCUUGGAGUUCUGAAAAUAAUUCUUCGUAUUAUUAUUCAUUUUCUUAACUAUAAUCUACUAAAUCAUCAAAACAUUUAUCCCAUGAAUAAAUAAUUACUAAAUUAAACUCAAUUAAAGGAAAGACCUGGAAAGCUGGCCUUUCGAAAAAUUUCGAAGGCUUUUCGAUGUAAAAAAUGAACACUUAUGCUGGUUCAAAAAGACAUUAAUAAAAACAUCAUAUAAAUAAAAAAGAAGUUUUCAGUUUUGCUCAGAUAAACAAAAAUAAUGUAUAAUACUCUCAUUUUUCACGUGAAAAUCUAUCUGAUUUACCUAAAAAUUUCGAUUGGGUAAAAGAUUCUCCAAGAGUAAUUGAGUAAAAAGACUGUGGGAGUUGUUAUGCUAUAGCCACGACUAAUAUGUUGACUGCUAGAAAUAAAAUCACUAAUAGAGACAAUGUAUAGUUCUCAGCAUAGCAUUCUUUAGAUUGUAAUUAUUAUAAUUAAGGCUGUUAAGGUGGAUAUGGAUUUCUUACUUCUAAAUUCUUUAGUGAAUUUGAACUUGUACCAGAAAGCUGUCAUCCAUAUAGGGCCACUAAUGGUUCAUGCAAUACAUGCGAUGUUGAUAAAUUAGAAUAUGUAUACAGAGUUACUGAUUAUGGAUACAUAGGAGGUGCUUAUGGGAAAUGCAGUGAGAGAUUAAUGAUGGAAGAAAUACAUAAAAAUGGCCCUAUAGUUGUAUCUUUUGAACCAGCGAUGGACUUUAUGUAUUAUCAAGAAGGUAUCUAUCACUCUGUAGAUGCUAAUGAUUGGAUUUUAGGUGAUGAAGAUAAAUUACCUUAAUGGGAAAAAGUAGAUCAUUCGGUAUUAUGUGUAGGUUGGGGGGAAAAUGAAGAUGGAAAAUAUUGGCUUGUUUAAAAUUCUUGGGGAGAAGAUUGGGGAGAAAAAGGUUAUUUUAAAAUAAGAAGAGGAACAGAUGAAAGUAAUAUUGAAAGUAUGGGAGAAAGGGCUUUUAUUAAAAAAGAAAAAAGAUAAAAAGUUUUCUUAUAAAAAUAAUCUAAAUACUGA